CGACUCGUUAUUCAUUGUAUUGAAUAUUCAGUUGAAUUGAUUGACAAAUUGAAUACAAAAUUCAUUUAACAAAACGUUUGUAAACUAAUAGACAGAUUGUGUUGUUUAUUGCCGAUAGUGGCCACAAAUCGCCGAUAAAAUGGCACAUUUGGACAAAUUGAUGAUUCAGGGCAUCCGUAGCUUCAAUCCCGACGAAGCGCAGUCUAUUAAGUUUUAUCCGUUGACUGUUAUCUUGGGUCCCAAUGGCGCCGGCAAGACGUCCAUCAUUGAGGCGCUUAAGUACGCGACCACUGGUCUGUGGCCACCAAACAGUUCACAGGGCAAGACAUUUGUGUUGGAUCCUAUUGUGGCCAAUAAACCUACUGUUAGGGCACAGGUCAGGCUUAAGUUCAAUGAUGUGGAGCGCAAAUCAACGACAAUCACCAGAAGUCUUGAAUUGAAUGCACGCAAAACAAAAGGAAAGACAUCAUUGAGUCUGAAGACAUUGAAUUCAGUUAUCAAUAGAGACAACAAACCAAUUGAUCAAAGAUGUGCCGACAUUAACAACGAAAUGCUUGAAUUGAUGGGCGUAUCUAAGGCUGUCUUGAAUAAUGUUAUCUUUUGUCAUCAGGAAGACUGUAAUUGGCCUCUCAGUGAUGGUAAGGCUCUUAAGGAGAAGUUUGACGACAUCUUUGGUUCCGAUGGUUAUGUGAAAGCAUUGGAAAGGAUUAGAAAGUUAAGAAAACAAGAGUUGGAUAAAUAUAAACUUCUAGAUAAAGAUGUUAAACAUUUGGAGUUUAUUAAACAACAAUUGGAUUCAAAACGCAAAGAACUUAAUAAAUAUAAGACACAAUUGGAUACUCUGAAGACAAUGUAUGCCGAAAGUGAGACACAAUUAAAUGAUAAGAAAGAAGAAUUGGAUACAAUUGUACGUAAAGAAGAAACAGUUCAAUCAAUUAUCAAUAAAAUCAAUUUAAUCAAAGGAUCGCUAACUGAAAAACAGAAGAAUUUAAACAAAUUGAAAGCUAAUAUAAAAACUCCUUUAACUUCAACAGAGAGUGAAAUUAGGACCGAAAUCGACAACUUUGCUGAUAAUUGUCUCAAAUCUGAAGAACAAAAGAAAUCAUUGGAGUCUAAAGUUACAGAUUUAUCUCAAAGUUAUAAAGAACUCAAUGAAAAACAAAAAGGUUUUAACAAAGAGUUAAAUGAACUGCAAUUUGCAGAGAAACGAUUGGAACAGCUUUAUAGCGAAAGAAAUCUAUUAGUUGUCAAAUUGCCAGAAACCACAAGUAUUACUAUUGAUGACAACAUUAUUAAUAAAUUAAAGUUAAAUGAAAGUCUUGAGAAUAAUGAUGUCUCGAAUGUUUUGAGCGCUUUAGACAAUGAAUUAACUCAAUUGAAUCAACAAAUUGGCGACAGAAGAAAUGAGGUCCAGAAAUCAAACGGCGAUUUAUGUGAAAAAUUAAGUCUUUUGCGGUCAACUCAAAGCAAAUAUGAACACGAAGUUCAACUAAGAACUGAUGAACAAAGUGCUAAAAUUAAAGCUUCAGAAGGAUUUGAAGCGAAACUUAAAAAGUUUUCUAAAUCUGAAGCAGAAUUAGAAUUACUUAUCAAAGAUAUACAAAGGCUUACACAAGAAAUCAAGCAAAUGGAGAGUCAAGACAUGGACAGUAAAAAAAAGGAUAAUGAGUUAAAAGAAGACCAACGAAAAAAUUUGAAGAAUGAGAUCAAUGUUUUAGAGGAAAAAUUAAAUGUUUUGCGCCAACAAAAUGACGAACGAAUUAAAUUAGAUAUUUUAACUAAAGAUAGAAAUGAAAAGCAAACUAAAGUCAAACAAAUCAGUGAAAUAUAUAAUGAAGUGAUGGAAAAGGUUGGCGCCAUUGAGGGACAGUUCUAUUCUUCUCUUCAAAAUCAUUUACAGACUGUCACCACUCAAAUAGAGAAAAAGUCAAAUGAGGUCUCGAAGAAGGAAAAUCAAUUGAGUGCAUCCGUGGCUAAGACAGAGAGUGAUAAUAAUUCUCUUAAAGAGAAAAAGAAAAAAUUGAAAGAAUUGGAAUCAAAUGUUAAGAAAUUGUGUAAAUUAGAUGAUUUUGAAACCACAGUUAUUUCAGCAGACAAUGAGCUUAAAGAAUUGAGACUUCAUUUUUCUGAAUUAGAAAAUUAUGAACCAUUUCUUAAGACUCAGAUUCAGUCGAUUGAGAGCACAAAUUCGUGUCCAGUUUGUGAACGGGAUGUUAUCACUGAUUGGAAUUCUAGUAAAGGAAACAAACUUAACAAAAAUGAAUUAAUUGUUAAAUUAGAGAAAAUGGUUACUCAAACACCUGAAGAGAUAACAGUACUGAAGACUAAAAUUAAGACUAAAGAGAAAGAGUAUAAUGAGUUGAUUGCUUUGCGUCCAAUUGUGGCAUCAAUUAAGUCUUUGACUGAAGAGAUACCUAGACUUGAAGCUAAAGUUAAUUCCUUAAAAGAGGAAAAUGAUUCAAAUAAAGUAACCAUUGAUAAGGAGAAAAUGAUUAUCAAUAAACAAAAGAAUGAAUUGAAUACAUUAAGAGCUGUUUCUCAAGAGGCCAGUGAUUAUGAUAAGUGUUGGACUGAAAUACAGGAGUUGAACAAAAAGAUAGAUUCAAUUGAUUUGGACACUGAUUUGGAAACUCAAUCAAUUGAAGAAUUGUCAAAUGAAUUGCAAGAAAGGCGUAAAUUAUACGAUGAAAUUGAGACACAAAUGUCUGCAAAUCAUAAGUUGAUUGCAGAAUAUUCUAAUAAUUACAACAAAAAACAAACUGAAUUACAAAGAUGUGAGCGCAAGAAAUUAGAUAUCGAGAAGAAUGAACACGAAAUGUCCAGUUUUAAGAAGAAAAUUGCAGAACUCAAAGAUGAGAUCAAAACUUUGGACGACUCUAUAAUUGAUUCACAAAUGAAAGCUAUGGAUUUAAAACCAAAAAUUAGUGAAACUGAGACUCAAUUGAAAGAUGUAAACAAUGAGUUAAAAGAAUUUGAAGACAAUAUUAAUACGAAAAUAGUUUUACUUAAAGAAAAACAGAAAGACUUGGAGAGAAUGAAUAAAGAGAUUGAUAAUCAUAUCAAUACUCAAAGUUCUGAUAAAAUGAAUGAAUUGAACACUUUAUUAACUGAAUUGAAAACUGAUUUGUCACGAGUCGAGUCUGAAAGAAAAACAAUAACGGAUGAGAUCAUCAAUAUAUCUAAAGAGAUAUCUGGUUUUGAAGUAAAAAAGCGUGAAUUAACUGAUAGUCUUCAAUGUCUUGAGAUUCAAACUGAAAUAGACAGCGAAACCGUUAAUCUUAAGACUGAAGAAGAAAAAUUAGGUUUUAGUAAUAUUCGUGAAUUAAAGACAAAGAAAAGCGAAAUGGAAAGAGAAGUGAGAAAAUUGGAAUCACUUCGAUCACAGUCUGAGGCAAAACAAACACCUAUUAUUGAAAUGAUUACGAGAUUAGAAAAAGAUGUUAAACUGGAACCGUUCUGUAGUGCAGAAGUCAAAUACAAACAAAAAUUUAUUGAUUUAGCCAUUAGUGAGAUAGCCGGCGAAGAUCUCAAUAAAUACUAUAAAGCACUGGAUUUUGCAAUUUCUGAUUUUCACAGCAAAAAGAUUGAAGAAAUUAAUAAACUUAUUAAAGGUUUUUGGAAACAGGUUUACAAAGGCGUUGAUAUCGAUUACAUUAAGAUAAUGAGCGAUGAAAUUGAAAGAAGUGCUGAUAAGCGCCGAGUAUUUGAUUACAGAGUAGUUAUGGUUAGAAAUAACACUGAGAUGGAUAUGAGAGGGCGGUGUAGUGCCGGACAAAAAGUGUUGGCCUGUCUUAUCAUACGACUAGCUUUGGCCGAAAUAUUUAGCGCUAAUUGUUGUGUACUGGCAUUGGAUGAACCGACCACUAACUUAGACAGUCAUAACAUAUCAUCGUUUGCUACCGCUAUCACUGAAAUUGUCAAAUACCGGAGCAAAUGGAAGAAUGCAAACUUCCAGUUGAUUAUCAUUACACACGACGAAGAGUUCUUGCGAUGUCUUGAUUCAGAUACCGGUCAGUACUACUAUGAAGUGUUCAAAACAAACGGCUUUUCCACUAUUGUUCGCAAAUCUGUUGCCGAUGACAACGAUCACACCGCUGAUGGAGAUAACAGUUAAAUAAAUUAUUAUUGAAUUUUUUGUAUUGAAAUUCAUGUCUGGAAAUAAUUUUUGUUUUAUUAACUAAUCGUUCAUUAAUUAUUCAUUUUAAAUAUUUGUUAUAUUUUUUAUAAAAAAUU